AUGCCCUCUGUAAAUCUGGUCAACGCUGUUCCAACAUUUGUUUCUCUAGAAGAACAUAAAACUCUCGUUGCAUCCACUCCAGCAUCUUUCAAUGACAUCCCUCCAGUUCUCCGACACAAAGAAGACAACGUCGUAGUCACCUUGAAUCCCCCUCUCGAUGCUUUUGAUGGUGCAACAGGCACCCUCUAUGUCCUGACCAGUGUACUCGUUUUUAUGUCUUCUGCUGGUCAUGGCUUCCAGAUUGAGUAUCCAGCUAUCACCCUACAUGCUGUUUCACGCGCAGAUUCACGACCAUCUAUCUACUGUCAACUCGACGAAGCCUAUGGACGGGAUGUAGCGGCAUCAAAUGAGGACGAAGAUGACAUGCGCGAACUUAACAUAGUUCCUCAAAAUGCCGAUUCGCUCGAUCCUAUCUUUGAGGCUCUUUCCCAAUGCGCGGCCCUUCAUCCAGACAAGCUCUCCGAUGAAGAUGAUCCGGAUGAUGCCUUCAUUGAUGCCGAUGGCUCAAACUUUGAGGUCUUUACCGGAGACGAAGAUCAGGAACUCAGCGAAGUCGGGAGGGCGGCCCUCGCUCACUUGGAAUCUAUCAUUGACUAUCCGGCAUCUCAUGAUCAUUCGAAUAGCACAGCGGACGACGUGGAAGGGAGUGACAAAGAUGCCGAAGCCCAGACGAUUGAGCCGGAGACGAAGCAGUUACAGUAA